UAUGACUGAUAGAAAAGCUUGGAAUUAAAAAGUAUUAUGAUAUCAAUAAAUAAAUGAAUAGGAAGAUAUAGCCAUUCUUCACUUAGUUAAGCAAUAUGGGAUAAAGAAAUGGACAACUGUAGCUGAAAAAAUGAAAGAAAUAUAUGGCUUAUUUGGUCGAUCUGGUAAAUAAUGCAGAGAAAGGUAUCAUAAUCAUUUGGAUCCAACCAUUAACAAAGAUCCUUGGAGUGAAAAUGAAGAGAAGAUAAUAUUUUUAGCACAUAGAGAACAUGGAAACAAAUGGGUAAUAUUUAGAAAUUUAAAGAUUUUAAGGCAGAGAUUGCAAAAUUACUUCCAGGUCGAACAGAUAAUGCCAUAAAAAAUCAUUUUUAUUCAACCUUAAGAAGAAGUUUAAGACGUAUAAAUAAAAUGAUUGGCGAUAAAAACAGUACUCUACGUAAAUAAAUAUUUAGCAAAGAAAAGUGUACCCAAUAGAUCAAGGACAUUAAGCCAGGUGUUUUGUCCAAGAUCUUCAUACUAGCUGAAAAAAAUCCAUCUGAACUUAAAGAUGAUCAUAUGAAAAAAUUAUGCAUUGCUUGCAAAGGUUUAUAAGAUUCUAUUCUUGAAUUUGCAUAAUCUAAACAAAAAUCUUAAAUCAUCCAAUUUAAUGAAGAGAAAUUCAAAUAAUUGAUAGAGAAAAUUAUGGAUUUUAAGUAAUAAUCUUAAACUCUAUAUUAAGCGGACUUUAUACUAAAUAAAGAGAGAAUAAAUUAAAAUCAAGAAAAUUAAAUUUGAAGAAAAGAAAAAAUAUUGUUGAGGAAGAUGAUGAUGAAGAGGAUGAUUCAUAUUCUAGUUUUUAUAAAAUUGAUGAUAAUAGUAUUUAAAUACCAAUAAAGAGAUCAAUUAGAUAAAGUUCAAGAAAAAAAAUUGUAAUCAUAUAUUACAUAAUGAACAUAGAAAUUUAAUGAUGAAGAUGAUCUAGAUAUUAUUAUUAGAACUAAAUAGGGUUCAAUCUUUAAAAUAAUUUAUGAUAGAUUUUAAUUUUAAACAGAUGAAAAUGUAUUCAAUCUACUUAUUUAAAGGAAUCUUCAGAAGUAUCUCAAAAUGAUUAAAAUUCUAAUUUGAAUUAACAAAAUAAAAUUACUUAAUAAAUAAUACCAUCAAAUUAGUAAAUUUUUGAAAAAUCAAUCUCUAAAGAAGAAACAAUUCAUCAUGAGAAUAUUAAUAAUAAGUCUAAUUUCAUGCCUAUAAUUUUGAUUAAACCAUUACUUAAUAUUGAUCAUUCAAAUUUUGAUCAAUACUUAGAAAAAUUGAAACAAGAUAUUGGUUUUAAUUAUCUUUUAUAAUUAGAUGCAAAUUCUUAAAAAUAUCUAUAGGGAGAAGACCUAAAUUUAGAUAUCAAUAUUGAUUUUGCAGAAGCCACUAAAGAUUUUACUAAAUCAUCAAGUUCUAAAUUUGGGUACACUUCAAGUGCAUUUAAAAAAUACAAGAAAGAUCUAGAUUUAGAUAAUUUCUUAGUAACACCCAAUAAUUAUAAAUGA